CAAAUAUUUCGCGGAUUCGCUGACUAUAUAUAUCCGGUUCGGUUCCAUAUAAAUGGAAGGAAUGACAGGUAAAUUGAAGAAAUUGACGUAAAGUUAAAUUACUGAACAAAGAAAAUUAUUGCAAGAGGAAUUUUAGCAGCAGUUUAGAAUCAGGUUGCUCUUGCCAGUUUUUAUGAAAAUGAUGAACCUACUGCAUUAAUUAAUGAACGUGCUGAAGAUUAUAGAGAGACUUCAGACAAAGUUGUAGAAAGUGCAAAACCCUCUGAAAUGGAAGGACAAUCAGCACAAGGAAAAUCAAAAGCAAAAUCUAGAUUUGCAACGCUUACUGAUCUCAAAGACAAAGAAAGCAGCCCUGAAGAUGAAGACGUGCAGACAUUUUAUGCUGGCGGUUUUGAAAACAGUGGACAACAAGUUUUAGGGCCAGCAAAGAAAAAAGAUAUUAUUAGUGAUAUGUUUAAAUCUUGCCAAGGACAUUCUGUUGAGGCAAAACCUAAACCACAGCAAAGACCAAAUACAUUCAGUGGUACGGGAUAUAAAUUAGGUCAAACAAAUUCUGAUACUGAAGUUGUUACUGCUUCAUCCUCUAGUAAUUCACAACCUAAUUCUGGACCUAUUACUUUAAAGUUAUGGAAAAAUGGAUUUACUGUAAAUGAUUCUGAUCUUCGGUCUUAUAAUGAUCCAGAAAAUAGGAAAUUUCUUGAUACCAUUAAAAGAGGUGAAAUACCACCAGAAAUACGUCAAGAAAUUGUAAGAAGUACUGAAGCGUGGAUCGAUAUGGAGGACCGCCGUCAUGAAAUUUAUCUUCCUCAAAAGGUCAAAGUAAAGGCUUUUGCUGGAAAGGGACAUAUGUUAGGAAGUCCUUCUCCAGCAACUGUUGGCAUGACAAUACCAACAGAUCUAGCAGAUCAAGCAGCAAAUGAAUCAGAAGCAAAGAAACAAUUAAAUUUAGAUGAAUCAAAACCUAUUACAACUUUGCAAAUUCGUCUUGCUGAUGGUACUAAUGUUAAAGCUCAAUUUAAUUUAACACACACAAUUAAUGACUUGAGGCAGUAUAUAGUAACGUAUCCUUUAAUAAUUAGUAUGAGACCUCAGUAUGCUAUGAGGGAAUUCAGUUUAUUAACAACAUAUCCCACUAAGGAACUUAAUGAAGAUAAAACAAUUGAAGAAGCUGGUAUACAAAACACAGCAAUAAUUCAACGACUGAAAUGAACACUUUUUCUAGAUCCUUAGUUAUGGAAGUUUAAAUGAUGUAUCAAUUUGAUCAUUCUUAAAUAUACAUUAAUAUACUUAAAAAUAACAAUUUAUUACCUUUUUUAGGGAUAAAUACAACAUGCUCUAUAAUUUCAAUAUUUAUUUUGAAUUUAGUUCUUAACACAUGAUAUUAAUUUUGUUGAUGUAACGCAGAAAGCAUAUUAUUAGUCUGACUAUUCAUAAUAAAUUGUUAAUUAGGAAACAUAUAAUAAAGCUACCGCACUUUUGUAAAAUCUAUAAUAAAAUUAUCGAUGUAA